GGAAUAGAGGAAUUAGGAGGUCGCAGUAUUUAAGCUUUUUUAAUGUUAUUUGUACUUUGAAUUAAACUAAUAAGAAGCACUUUUUAAAUCGAUUUUUUCUAGACUUUAACCAUAAUAACAGCGCAAUGUAACCAUCUUGAAAUACGCUAAUACGACAGAGUGCAUUUAGGUUUUCUUUUGUGAUUCUUCUGUGUUUGUGUACACCCCGUAGAUUUAUGGUACUUAAUUCCAAUUAGAACUAUCGUAUCAUCGUCCAAGUUUAAUGUCACGUAGAUUAGCACUAUGUGUUGCAUAAGUAAACACAACUGUUUGUAAAAAAAACAACGUUCUCUCAGUCCCAGCGUUAUUCUUUGUUUCUUUCUGCGUGGGCAAUUUAUUUCAUUUUCGAUUUCAGUAAAACAUGUACUAGGAAUUUUAGUGUCAUGGAGACAAAGUGACUCACAUCCCUUUUCUUGUGUUUUCUACCACGUAUGUCAUUCACAAAUAUAAAAUGGAAAUACCAAGUAAAGUCCUUAUUUAUAUAACCAGCAAUAUUUCAUUGUCGGUAAGCGCCACGACCACCGAGUUUACAAUUGAAGGUAUAUACAAGGUACACUAUGUGAUAUUGAAGGACAGUGUGGACUCCUGUUUUAUUGACAAAAUUCAUAGAGUCAUGAAGAUGGUAUUAAAAUGGAAACAGCUGCAGAGAUUCGAGGUGGACAAUAGGACAGUCGAAUAGUCUGUAUUUUGAUUUCUAGCAUGAGAGCACACAAUUGCAAUGGCUGAGGGACAUUUAUCCCUAACAAUUAAUCAGAUUGCAGAUGAGCUCAACUCUGAAGAAUGCAAAACAUUAUUUUAUUUGUGCGGCAACCUGGACAAGUGCAGUUCAAAUGAAGAUGUCAAGGACAUGUUAAAAGCUCUGUUAAAAAGUGGGCAAGUGGACCAUCAGUUUUUGUUGUUGGAACUUACAUACAGAAUCAAGCGUUUUGACAUUUUGAAAAGGGUGCUAAUGACAAAUAGAAAGGAAGUGGAAAGCAUUCUGGGAAGGAAAUGCUUCAUUUCUGAUUACAGAGUCUUGAUGGCAGAUGUAAGUGAAGAAUUGGGUAAAGAAGACGUGCGAUCUUUUAUAUUUCUUCUAAGUGACACACUGCCCAGAAUGAGGCUGGAAAAGGCUAAGAGUUUUCUCGAUGUCAUAGUGGAGCUGGAAAAGGUGGACAUGGUCUCUCAUGAGAAUCUGGAUUUGAUAGAGCAGUGCUUACGAGGCAUUCACAGAAUAGACUUAGCCAAGAAGAUUAAUGUGUUUCAGCGGAAAGGUGCAAAGUCAACUGCUGAUUUGCAGAUUGAAAGGGAGAAAAGGCAGUGCUUCAGACCUUCUCCAGAGGCGAGUAGCUCUCAAGCUGUCCCACAAACUGUGUUUCAGAAAUCUUCCACAGCUCAUGCUCCAGAGAAAAUCAAAACGGGAGUGCCUGAAACAGGAAUGCAGUACAGUCAGCAGCUUGAGGAUGUGUACAGAAUGCAGACGGACCCUCGGGGAAUUUGCCUGAUCAUAGACUGUGUUGGUAAUGAUGGAGACAUGCUUCAUGAAACCUUCACCAAACUGCGCUUCAAAGUCAUCCUGUAUAAGUGGUUGAGCCUGAAUGACACCCUGGCCUUUCUGAAGGAGACGGCCAGGAUGACUGACCACCAAAGACUGGACUGCUUUGUUUGCUGCAUCAUUAGUCGUGGCACUGCCACUGGAAUGCUGGGCACUGAGACACAGGGCCCUGGGUUGCUGUUUGAUAACAUCAGGCAGCUUUUCACUCCGGAGCACUGUCCUGGCCUCCUGGGCAAACCCAAACUAUUCUUCAUUCAGAACUACGUGCUGUCAGAGCCUGUGCCAUACUAUGAUGACAGUGAUGACAUAGAAGCGGACAUGCCUGUGGUUGUACACAGAGUGGAGUCAAUCCCAACUGAAGCUGACCUUUUUUGGAGCUACUGUGAAACAGAGGCCGGUCACCUAGAAAAAGUACACCAUAGUUCUGUUUAUUUUCAGGCGCUCUCAGCUGGUUUAAUAAAGGGACAGAAAAGGAAAAUGGAUCUGAUUGAUGUCCACACAGAAGUCAAUGGCAUGAUCUACGAUCACAACCAGAGGAACCCUACUAAUAAGUACUGCAUCAGUCUCCGUUUCACUCUGAGAAAGAAUUUCAUACUAUCCUAGAGGAGAAGGUUGCUGGCUCCCACUAACAUUUUCUAUACUUUUUUGCCUACUUAUUCUUCCAAUUGUUUUGUAUUGGAGCCCUCUAGUGAUUUUACAGAAUAAGUGCAUUAUUUUAAAUUCAAGAGUAAAUGUGUUAUAAAUGUUGUAUUAGUUGUUUUUGGUU